GGCCUUAUCCACACUUUUUUUUUAACAGCCAUUAUUUACCUUCCACACCAACUGUGGCGCCUCUCCGCAGCAUCUCACAGUCAAAACUGCACAUGUUUUUAUAGGGUUUUUCUCUUUAACACUCUUUCUUGAAUCUUGAAACUCAAAAAAUGGCUUCACUAGUUCAAUUCCUUCCUCUCUUCCCUUUCUUUUUCUUGGUUUCAUUCUGUGUUUCUCAUGGACCCUUUUUACCAAAAGCCAUUAUUCUCCCUGUAAACAAAGAUCCAUCUACUUUUCAAUAUGUUACUCAACUCUACAUGGGUGCUACUCAUCGUGCUCCCAUCAAAUUAGUUGUAGAUCUUGAAGGUUCAUUUCUAUGGGCUGAUUGUGGGUUGACUUCUGAUUCUUCAAGUCAAAAACUUGUACCUUGUAAUUCACUCAAAUGUUCCAUGGCUAAGCCUAAUGGUUGUACUAAUGACAACAAGAUCUGUGGUUUGAAAUCAGAAAACCCCUUUACAAGAUUAGCUGCAACAGGGGAAUUAGCAGAGGAUAUGUUUGCUGUGGAGUUUAUUGAUGAGUUGAAAACGGGCUCAGUUGCUUCAAUUCAUCAGUUCUUGUUUUCUUGUACAUCAUCUACUCUGUUACAAGGACUUGCUAGAGGUGCUAAAGGUAUGUUGGGGCUAGGAAAUUCAAGAAUUGCAUUGCCAUCUCAGUUGUCUGAUACAUUUGGUUUUCAAAGGAAAUUUGCUAUUUGUUUGUCUUCUUCAAAUGGUGCUAUAAUUUCUGGUGAAAGUCCUUAUUUGUCACUUUUGAGCCAUGAUGUUUCAAGAUCCAUGCUUUAUACACCUUUGAUUUCAUCUAGAAAUGGGGUUUCAGAAGAGUAUUACAUAAAUGUUAAAUCCCUCAAAAUUAAUGGAAAGAAACUAUCUUUGAACACAACUUUGCUUACCAUGGAUGGGGAAGGUCAAGGAGGGACAAGAAUUAGUACCAUUUCCCCUUUUACAACUAUGAAGACCUCAAUUUACAAGACAUUUGUUGAAGCUUAUGAAAGAUUUGGUUUUUCCAUGGGAUUGACUAAAGUAGAACCUAUAGCACCAUUUGGGCUUUGCUUUAGCACAAAACUAGAGGAGGGACUAAAUGUGCCAAGUGUUGAUCUUGUGUUGCAAAGUGAGAUGGUUAAGUGGAGGAUUUAUGAGAGUAAUUCAAUGGUGAAAGUGAGUGAUGAAGUGAUGUGUUUGGGAUUCUUGGAUGGAGGGGCUAACCAAAAGGCAUCAAUUGUUAUAGGGGGUCACCAAUUGGAGGAUAAUCUUUUGGAGUUUAAUUUGGGAACUUCUAUGCUUGGAUUUACUUCUUCAUUGUCAAUGGUGGAAACUAGCUGUUCUGACUUCAUGUUCUCAAAGGAUUCUUCACCUUUUGAUUCUUGACAUGAAUCCUUAACCAAAGAUUGACAAUUCCCUUUUGUAUAGUUGUGUUAAGAACAUGUAUUGGCUCUUAAUUAUAGAUAAUCAUAACUUAGGCCAAUCUUAGUAUAUUAGAGGAGUACUAGUUUAUUGUGAGAUAGUGUUUCUUGACUCAUUUUUUUGAGUUGUGAGAAAGUUUUGAUAUGUAAGAAACAUUUUUACUAUGUCCACUAUGUUAUAAUUCUAAUUUUCACUAUGUUCCUUUGCUAUUGA